AUGUCUAACGACCCGGUCAACAAGCAAAGAGAGGCCGCAGCACCCUUUUGGGAUGACGAACCAGACAGCAGGCCAGAACACUCGCCUUACGCCAGUCAAGUCUGUGCCGUAUACUUCCAAGGAAAUGGACCCCUCCAUAUCCCUCACGUACUCCUGCAUCAGAGUGUCGAGCUUACUUCCCGAAGCGUCGCGACAGACUGUUUCUCUUCGUCGUUACGCGACCUUCACUUGGACGAUAUCGACUACAAUACCGGCCAUGUUCUUAUUCACUUUAUGACCACCGGCAGGUAUCAAUGCCUGAAGCCACAGGGAGAGACUAUUAUGAUGAGGUAUGCAUCCGAGUUUACAACUGCACUCCGCGUGCACGCCGCAGCCCAAUCCUUUCAAUUGCCCUCUCUUUGUGAUCUGGCAAGAAGAGAGAUGAUCGCACUCGGCGACAGGUUGAGCUUGCCUUCCUUGGUUGAUAUCAUGGAAGAGUCAAGUCUGUCAUUGAGCACUCUCCCGGGAAUAGCCGCGUAUGUUGAGUCGCGCAUCCUUGCUUUUGCCGAGAACAUUACCUAUACAACUUCAGAAAAGGUACUCUCUGAGAUUGGAACUCCCAGCACGCUCAGCAUGGUACUUUUAAAGGCUAUUCUGCUGCUUCAAACUUCAAAAGUAUCUCUACGUGAUGAUUCACUUCGGAAGGAGGAACCCGUAGAGAUUCUCCGAGGUCUCAGCGAUACCGGACCCAUAGUAAAAGGCAAGGGUUCGGAUGUGGAUCAAGUUAUGAAGGAAGCCGAGGAGCAAGCAGCUAAGAGGGCCGAAGAAAAGGUUGCUCAAGAAGCAGAAAAGGCUACAGCUGCCGCUAUGGCCGUGGCGCAAAGAAUUGCUGAGGCUCAGGUGACUGAAGCAGUUCAUGAAGAGGGGGAAAUUGCUUGCUUAUUAGCAAAAAAGGCACGCAAAGGCAAGCUUGGUAAAAAAGACCAAGAGAGACUUUCCGCACUCGAGCAUAAUGCCGCAAAGAGAGCUGAAGCUCGAGCUGCUCGUGACAUUGCGGAAGCAAAAACUGCCCACGCAUUAAGUGCCCCCGCUGCAGACAAGGUCGACCUUUCGCUGUUGUGGGCCGCCAGGAAUGGAAGCGAGGCCAUGGUCAAGAUGCUCCUCGACACGGGCAAGGUCGACGUUGAUGCGAAAGACGAGGGCGGCCAGACGCCGCUGUCGUUGGCCGCUGAGAAUGGACACAAGGCCGUGGUCAAGAUGCUCGUCGACACGGGCAAGGUCGACGUUGAUGCGAAAGACAAGAACGGCCAGACGCCGCUGUCGUUGGCCGCUGAGAAUGGACACAAGGCCGUGGUCAAGAUGCUCGUCGACACGGGCAAGGUCGACGUUGAUGCGGAAGAUUACAUUGGCCGGACGCCGCUGUCGUUGGCCGCCAGGAAUGGACACGAGGCCGUGGUCAAGAUGCUCGUCGACACGGGCAAGGUCGACGUUGAUGCGAAAGACGAGACAGGCCAGACGUAUUAA